AUGUCCGCCAUGAGGCAUGGCCUGGCCAAGGAUAACAAGCGUUCACGCAGAUCAGCUCUCACCCCACUCGGCGCCCUCGGCCUCGGCGGGGUUGGCGCCGACAGUCUCCUGAUUCGUGCGGGCAUGUCGUCCAGCAAGGCAUCACCAUCAAUCACCAUGGUGAACUCGACCACACGCAUGCCCAUGACCAUGACCGUCCGCAUGCGACCACCAUCAGAGAUCUUCUUACAUGGCGACACAGCAGUCCCGGCCACCGGACAUGUGACUGCUGAAGCUCCAUCAACGUCUCCAGCGACGGUCCUCGAAGCAACAUUGCAACCGCCUCCUCUGAAGCGGUAUCCGAGACCUCGCCACCCGCAGUCGUCUGAGGCAGAAGCAGAAGCGUCCAAGAUCUAA